CAUCACACAAAAGGGGUAUGAGAAGAAGAGAGCGAAACUUCUGGCUCCGUAUGUUCCACAAACCCAAGGGGUCGAUCCAGCGUUACAGAAGGAAUCCAGAACUCAGAUGCCCGCUCCAUCGGCGACUCCAGCCUCAGCAUCAUCAUCCUCUUCCUCAUCCAAAUUUCACCGAGCUCGCUCCGGGGGAGCCAGAGAUGAACGUUAUCGAUCUGAUAUCCACACGGAGGCCGUCCAGGCGGCGCUGGCCAAGCACAAGGAGCAGAAGAUGGCCCUGCCCAUGCCCACCAAAAGGCGCUCGACCUUCGUUCAGUCGCCGGCCGACGCCUGCACCCCCCCAGACACGUCUUCCGCAUCCGAGGAUGAGGGGUCGCUAAGGCGCCAGGCUGCUCUUUCUGCUGCAUUGCAUCAGAGCUUACAGAAUGCUGAGUCUUGGAUCAACCGAUCUAUUCAGGGGUCAUCCACAUCUUCAUCAGCAUCUUCUACACUUUCCCAUGGAGAAGGCAAAGGGACCAGUGGGUCACUAGCUGAUGUAUUUGCCAAUACUCGAAUAGAAAAUUUCUCAGUUCCCCCAGAUGUCACAGCAACUACCUCCUCCUCUUCCUCCGCACGCCCAGCAGCGAUUGACCUUCCUCCUUCGGGGAUUGUGAAAGGCAUGCACAAGGGAUCUAAUCGCUCUAGUCUCAUGGAUACUGCUGAUGGUGUUCCUGUGAGUAGUAGAGUCUCCACGAAAAUUCAGCAGUUGCUUAACACCUUGAAAAGACCUAAAAGGCCACCCUUGAAAGAAUUUUUUGUGGAUGAUUUUGAAGAAAUUGUGGAAGUUCCACAGCCUGACCCAAAUCAGCCCAAGCCAGAGGGUCGCCAGAUGACCCCGGUGAAGGGAGAACCCCUGGGAGUUGUUUGUAACUGGCCUCCUGCCUUAGAAGCAGCACUGCAGCGCUGGGGAACCACGCAAGCGAAAUGCCCCUGUCUGACAGCACUGGAUGUUACAGGAAAACCGGUUUAUACCCUCACGUAUGGCAAAUUGUGGAGCAGAAGUCUCAAGCUGGCCUACACACUGCUUAAUAAACUGGGGACCAAAAACGAACCCGUGUUAAAACCUGGAGAUAGGGUAGCCCUUGUUUAUCCCAACAAUGACCCGGUCAUGUUCAUGGUGGCGUUUUACGGCUGUCUCCUAGCAGAAGUCAUACCAGUGCCUAUAGAGGAUGCUGGUGGUCAGCAGAUUGGUUUUCUGCUGGGAAGCUGUGGCAUUGCUUUGGCCCUCACCACUGAAGUUUGUCUGAAAGGGCUUCCAAAAACCCAGAAUGGAGAAAUUGUGCAGUUUAAAGGUUGGCCCAGACUCAAAUGGGUUGUGACAGAUUCAAAAUAUCUCUCCAAAUCUCCGAAGGACUGGCAGCCCAACAUCUCAGCUGCAGGAACUGAGCCAGCAUAUAUUGAGUACAAGACGAGCAAAGAGGGAAGUGUUAUGGGUGUGACGGUGUCUCGGAUUGCCAUGCUCUCUCACUGUCAAGCCUUGUCUCAGGCCUGCAACUAUUCUGAAGGUGAAACGAUAGUGAAUGUUUUGGAUUUUAAGAAGGAUGCAGGGCUGUGGCAUGGCAUUCUAACGAAUGUAAUGAACAAGCUGCAUACUAUCAGCGUGCCCUAUUCUGUGAUGAAAACCUGCCCCCUCUCAUGGGUGCAGAGGGUUCAUGCCCACAAAGCAAAAGUUGCUUUAGUCAAGUGUCGAGACUUGCACUGGGCCAUGAUGGCCCAUCGAGACCAAAGAGACGUCAGUCUGAGUUCCCUGCGCAUGCUGAUUGUAACUGAUGGUGCAAAUCCUUGGUCCGUGUCCUCGUGUGAUGCCUUCCUGAGCUUGUUUCAGAGCCAUGGGCUUAAACCGGAGGCAAUCUGUCCGUGUGCCACAUCUCCAGAAGCGAUGACGAUUGCCAUACGGAGGCCUGGGGUCCCCGGGGCACCGUUGCCCGGAAGAGCCAUCCUGUCCAUGAACGGGCUGAGUUUUGGUGUGAUUCGUGUCAACACUGAAGAUAAAAACUCUGCUCUCACUGUCCAGGACGUUGGCCAUGUGAUGCCGGGAGGGAUGAUGUGUAUAGUGAAACCUGAUGGACCGCCUCAGCUCUGUAAAACGGAUGAGAUUGGGGAAAUCUGUGUUAGCUCCAGAGCGGGAGGAAUGAUGUAUUAUGGGCUGGCAGGGGUGACAAAGAAUACCUUUGAGGUUAUCCCCGUGAACUCGGCCGGCUCUCCAGUGGGGGAUGUGCCGUUUGUCCGCUCCGGCUUGCUGGGAUUUGUUGGACCUGGCAGUUUGGUGUUUGUGGUUGGAAAAAUGGAUGGAUUGCUGACAGUUAGCGGACGUAGACAUAACGCUGAUGACAUCGUCGCAACUGGGUUGGCAGUAGAGUCCAUAAAAACAGUUUACAGAGGAAGGAUCGCUGUGUUCUCAGUAUCUGUCUUCUACGACGAGAGGAUCGUGGUGGUGGCAGAGCAGAGGCCGGAUGCAUCUGAAGAGGACAGUUUUCAGUGGAUGAGUCGAGUGCUGCAGGCAAUCGACAGCAUUCACCAAGUGGGUGUAUAUUGCCUUGCUCUCGUGCCAGCCAAUACGUUGCCAAAAACUCCACUGGGCGGGAUCCACAUCUCUCAAACCAAACAGCACUUUCUGGAGGGCUCUCUGCAUCCGUGCAACAUCCUCAUGUGCCCGCACACGUGCGUGACGAACUUGCCAAAACCCAGGCAGAAACAACCAGGCGUUGGCCCUGCCUCUGUGAUGGUGGGGAACCUGGUUGCUGGGAAGCGUAUUGCCCAAGCCUCUGGAAGAGAUCUUGGUCAAAUCGAAGACAACGAUUUAGUUAAAAAGCACCAGUUCCUGACAGAGGUGCUACAGUGGAGAGCUCAAGCAACUCCUGACCACCCGCUCUUCCUUUUGUUAAAUGCCAAGGGAACUACUGUGUGCACAGCCACCUGCCUUCAGUUGCACAAAAAAGCCGAGAGAAUUGCAUCAGUUCUGUGUGACAAAGGACAUCUCAAUGCAGGAGACAAUGUGGUGCUUCUUUAUCCUCCUGGCAUUGAGCUAAUCACCGCCUUCUAUGGCUGUUUGUACGCUGGCUGCAUCCCCGUGACCGUGAGACCGCCCCACGCUCAGAGCCUCACUGCUACGCUGCCCACUGUGCGAAUGAUCGUGGAAGUCAGCAAAGCUGCCUGUAUUCUCACAACCCAGACCUUAAUGAGACUACUGAAAUCCAGAGAGGCAGCUGCUGCUGUAGAUGUGAAAACCUGGCCAACCAUCAUUGACACAGAUGACUUGCCCAGGAAGCGGCUCUCUCAGAUCUAUAAGCCACCUACCCCUGAAAUGUUAGCAUAUCUAGAUUUCAGUGUUUCCACAACAGGCAUGCUUACAGGAGUAAAGAUGUCCCACGCAGCAGUGAGCGGCCUGUGCAGGGCAAUCAAGCUUCAGUGUGAGCUCUACUCCUCCCGGCAGAUCGCCAUUUGUCUUGACCCCUAUUGUGGACUAGGGUUUGUGCUCUGGUGCCUUUGCAGCGUGUAUUCUGGACACCAGUCAAUUUUAAUUCCUCCUAUGGAGCUGGAAUCCAAUCUUUUUCUCUGGUUAUCUACUGUCAGCCAGUAUAAAAUAAGGGACACUUUCUGUUCCUAUUCAGUCAUGGAACUGUGCACAAAGGGACUUGGAAACCAAGUUGAAAUGUUAAAGGCACGAGGGAUUAAUCUGUCCUGCGUCCGGACUUGUGUGGUAGUUGCAGAGGAACGGCCACGGGUUUCUCUCACUCAUUCCUUCUCCAAACUCUUCAAAGACAUCGGCCUGUCCUCUCGGGCUGUGAGCACCACCUUUGGCUCUAGAGUCAACGUUGCCAUCUGCCUGCAGGGAACAUCUGGGCCUGAUCCCACCACGGUGUAUGUAGAUCUGAAAUCCUUGAGACAUGACAGAGUACGGCUGGUGGAAAGGGGAGCUCCUCAGAGCCUGCUGCUUUCUGAGUCGGGGAAGAUUUUACCCGGAGUCAAAGUCGUCAUUGUUAAUCCUGAGACCAAGGGGCCUCUUGGAGAUUCUCACCUUGGGGAGAUUUGGGUUAAUAGCCCACACACGGCCAGUGGCUACUACACGAUUUAUGACAACGAAACCCUCCAAGCUGAUCAUUUCAACACUCGUCUGAGCUUCGGGGACGCUGCUCAGACGCUCUGGGCUCGGACUGGCUACCUCGGGUUCGUUCGCCGGACGGAGCUGACGGCUGCCAGCGGAGAGCGCCACGACGCACUGUAUGUUGUUGGAGCACUGGAUGAAACUUUGGAACUGAGGGGGCUGCGUUACCAUCCAAUCGAUAUUGAGACCUCUGUCUCUCGAACGCACAGGAGCAUUGCUGAAUGUGCUGUGUUCACGUGGACCAACUUGCUGGUGGUGGUUGUGGAGCUGUGUGGCUGUGAACAGGAAGCCCUGGAUUUAGUUCCUCUCGUCACAAACGUGGUCCUGGAAGAACAUUAUCUCAUCGUGGGAGUGGUGGUGGUGGUGGAUCCUGGCGUUAUCCCCAUCAACUCCAGAGGGGAGAAACAGCGAAUGCAUCUCCGUGACAGUUUCCUGGCUGACCAGUUAGACCCCAUAUACGUGGCCUAUAACAUGUAACGUGUGUGUGGGGGGAAGUGAUGGUCAGAAGCUUUGCGGGACCACUAAAUGACAGAGGGUGGCUAUAGAAAUGAAGCUGGUGAAAAUUACUAAUACUUGAUAUAAAGUUUGAGAUUGCUGCCACAUUCCCUUCAUCUCAUCCUGCGGCGUUAAGGUCACGUUAACUCCCAACGGACCAAAGGCAAUGUGGUAGGCAAUGGAAAACGUUUGUAACAGUUUACUGAAAUAUUAGCUUUAUAGAAAAUGCAAAGUUUGACAAGUGUGUGAGCUACAAAAUUCCUAAGGCCUUUACAGUAGUGUUACUUUUUUCAUCUGUUGUACAUAUUUGUAUUUUUAUCUAAUACUGUUUUAGGAUUCUAUAAGGGGAGGGUUUAUUUAGUUAAGAUAAUAAACUAUUAAGAAAAGGGUCAUCAGAGUUCUGCAGUUCCCUACUAUAUAACGUACUUUGCAUCUGUACUGUAGCUAUUCGCUCCAUGGGAUCACGCAACUUAUUUAAAAUUGUGCCAUGACCAAAUCAAUAACUUACGGAAUCUAAGAGUUACUUAUUCAUAUAGAUAUUUCUUGAAUUUAAAAAACAAAAAAAAUUGCCUAUAUUUUAAAUAUGUAAAUAUUAUUAUACAUAAUUCACUUAGAUAUAAAAUUAACUUGGAUAACGAUGACAGCUGAAGGUAGAAAUUUUUAAGGGCGAGUAACUUUUGUGGUCCUUAGCAUAAUGACAUUUGGUUAGACAACUAAUGUGAGUUACACACAUCUUCUCUCACCAGUUUUUCUUAUUUCAGGUAUGUAGUCUUUUAUUGCUGGCCAGAAGCGUGUCAUAGCGUGUAGAAACCGUUGAUUUUUAAGGCACAUCUCUCUAAAAGAGGCUGAAUUUAAACUGUGACGUGGAAUUUGGUAGAAAUCGCAGUGCAAGUCCAGAAUGCUCAACUGAAAUGAUGCACCGGAAUGACAGCCUCUGCCUCCACCCUCUGUGGCACCUUGUGCUUAAAGCGGGGGGGAAGCUUUAGAUUGACACACAGUUAAAUUCACUGUUUGUGCAAUUCUGUCAUUAUUCUGUUCAGUUCCCUCUUGUAGAGCCAGAAACACUGUAAAGAGGCUUUAAUGUCAACUGGGAGGCAAGCACCCAGUUUUCCUCAGAGCAUUCACUGCAGAGAAUUGGGUAAUUCUGGGGUUUGAGUGCAAUUUUUCUUCUACAGGAGGAGGCACAAAAACGAGACGGGGCAAUUCUGGUAAACACGUCAUUAAAUAACUCGGUGAAGAUUAAUAACCCGGCCUUCAAAAGUACUGUGUGGGUUUUCACAUUAGUAAAUGCAGAGAAACAGAAGCCGUAGAGUAGGGGGUAUAAACUCUCACUGUUGGGAAGCAAUUGCACGCCAGGCUGAGGGAGAGACAGCGUUUAAGCUUUGACUCAAAACUACCUUUCUUUCAUCUAAUACUUUAAUGUUUUAAGAGCAGUUAAAUUUCUGUGGGUCUUAAGGAAAUACAAUUUUGGAAGCAAUGAGAGCUGAUACCAGAUACUGCAACGGGCUUUUCUGAGUCCAGUGUGGUACACAGUGUCCAUAAACUUGU